UGCUUUGCACACAGUGUCUAUUACAUAGCCUAUGCAUCAUAUUUCAGGCCGGUGGAGGUAUAUAAGCUCGAGAGAGUCACUGAGGGGUUCACUGCAGUGAGCAUCUUCAUUUGAGCUUAUCCACUCUAGUCUGAGAGAUAACCACCCCGAGUUAAAAAUGGCAUUCGGUAAGAUCCUUUCUGAAGCUGAGAUCACUGCAGCCCUCGCAGCUUGCCAAGCCGCCGACUCCUUCAAGCACAAGGAGUUCUUUGCCAAGGUCGGCCUGUCUGCCAAGUCUGCCGAACAAAUCAAGGAGGCCUUCUAUGUCAUUGACCAGGACAAGAGUGGCUUCAUUGAGGAGGAAGAGCUGAAGCUGUUCCUGCAGGCCUUCUCCGCCUCUGCCAGAGCUCUGACCGACACUGAGACCAAGGAGUUCCUCAAGGCCGGUGACGUUGAUGGCGACGGCAAGAUCGGAAUUGAUGAGUUCGCUGAGAUGGUCAAGCAAUAAAUAAACUGACCAAUUCCAUCCUCCACAAUUCUUAAGGAACAACUUGAUCCAAGAUAUCCUCCUCUAUUCACCUCUUCCCUCUCACUCUCUCUCAACUCUCCACACUACUUUUAUACACUUGACCUUUCACCCCCAACCAUAGACAACCCCCCCCCCCCCCCCCCCGUCUUUCUCUCUGACCAUGCUGACCCCUUUUCUGUCCACGAUGAAUGUACCUGACUAAGUGUAUAGCGUGGUUGAAUUGUGUCUCUCUCUCUCUCUCUCUCUCUCUCUCUCUCUCUUUCUGUCUCUCACUUCUGCCUUCGUUUUACUAUGUGAGUUUUGCUUAUUGUGAGAUCGGUGUUGAUGCACUUUUAUGGGAAACGGACGGACGAUGAGAAAACAAUAAAGGUUCUUUUUCAAUAA